GAAAGUUAGAGGGAGAGGUUAAUAAUAUACGAAAACAGAGAGUAGAAAGAUGGAACAGUGAAGAGGAAAGGAAAAAAAAAGGAUGGGUUUUCGUUUGGGAUUUUUUAUGGUUUUGUCUGUGAUGGUUUUGGCUUCUGCAACUACUAAGAAUCAGAAUCUACCCAUCUUGUCAUUCGACGAAGGGUAUUCUCAUUUGUUUGGGGUUAAUAAUCUCAUGAUAUUAAAAGAUGGAAAAACGGUUCAUAUCUCACUAAAUGAAAGAUCAGGUGCUGGGUUUGUCUCUCAGGACCUUUACUUGCAUGGGUUCUUCAGUGCUUCGAUUAAGCUACCGGCAGAUUACACAGCCGGCGUUGUCGUCGCGUUUUACAUGUCAAAUGGAGAUAUGUUCGAGACGAACCAUGACGAAUUGGAUUUCGAGUUCUUGGGGAAUAUUCGAGGAAAGGAAUGGCGGAUUCAAACGAAUAUUUACGGAAACGGAAGCACGAACAUCGGAAGGGAAGAGAGAUACGGUUUCCGGUUCGAUCCUUCCGAAGAUUUUCAUCAGUACAGCAUUCUCUGGACUGAGAAUCUCAUCAUAUUUUAUGUGGAUGAUGUUCCAAUAAGAGAGAUUAAGAGGACUGAAUCAAUGGGUGGAGACUUCCCUUCCAAGCCAAUGUCCUUAUAUGCUACCAUAUGGGAUGGUUCAACAUGGGCUACUAAUGGUGGCAAGUUCAAAGUGAAUUACAAGUAUGCCCCUUACAUUGCUGAAUUCUCCGAUCUGGUGCUCCAUGGAUGUGCCGUCGACCCGAUCGAAUUCUCAUCGAAGAAGUGUGACGCCGGUGAUUCUCUUAAUGCUUUCAAUGUCAAAACUGGUAUCGUAUUGGAGGAAAGAUCCAAAAUGCUUAAUUUCAGGAAGAAGCAAUUGCAAUACUCAUACUGCUAUGACCGGGUCCGAUACCCGACUCUGCCGUUGGAGUGUGUUAUCAACCCACAUGAGGCAGAGCGGCUCCGUGGGUUUGACCCGGUUACAUUUGGACACCGGCAUCACCGUGGGAAGCGGCACCACCGGAGCAGAGCAAGCAGGGCUGAGGGCAGAACCACCCUCUAGAAGAAGAAGACUUGAAUUGGGAUGUAAUUUCUCUAUAUGUUUUUAGAUUCAUAUGGGCAGGUCUAUUUAGUUACAGUUUCCUCUUGUCAAUUUCAUGUAGUUGGGCCAGUUUCUGGGAAUAGAGGGGAGAGAUUUAUUGA